CUUGACGGCGCCUCCAGCGCCGCUCCUGGCGCGCGGAGCGCGCCAGGAAGGAGGGCCCAGCGCCGAUCCCAGAAAUCCGAGCGGACCUCCGAAAGGUCAUGCGUAACUAUGUCGUGUUUUGUUCCUCGAUCGCGAUUAGUGAACGAGCUGCCUGGGAAAUAGGGGCACUUCGAGCUGCGCAGUCACAGUCAACGCCUCUGUAGCCAUUGGCUCAAUCCUUGCUCAUACACUCCCUUCCUGAUCCUGUGCUCGAAGUUCAUUUCAGCGGCCCUUGACUGCAACAAGAAAUGGUCGCCUUCUCACGCCUGGCCCUUGCCUCCAGCCUCGUAGUCGUCGGCACCUCGGCGCUGGGCCUCGCCGCAGCGGCACAUGACCUCGCCGUCGACCACGUGGAGGGCGGAGGACGCAGUGACCAGACGCCAGAGGAGCUGGGCUUCUCCGAGGCAGGUGAUUCCGACGACGCGCAGAGCUAUGGCAAGUCGCAGUUCAGUGAGGAGUUCUGCUUGGACAUUGGCGCGAAGGGCUUUCCGAUCCCCACGUUCAAGAUGCUCCAGGCGGCCAACUGGGACGCGGCGACGUACUUUGCGCAGUUGCAGGGGGCAGGGUACGCCGAGGACGCCCUGCAGAUGACCGGCCCGGACGCAGCCCUGCUGAAGUCGGAUUGCAUGAAGGAGCGUUCCCACGGCAGGACGAAGCACAUUUUUGUGGGCGAUUCGCAGAUGAUGUCCCUCCGCAACGCGUUCCACCGCCUCAACAAGUGCCCUGAAAUCUGGUGGUCCAACCACACUGAGCAGGACAUUUCUGACAUGAUGGGGACGGUGCAGAGGAACGACAAGUCCAAGUCAAGGACGGGGAGCAACGCGCGGUUCUAUUCCAAGGCCGAGCAGGCCCCGGGGACAGCGCAGCUGCCCCACGGCUGCACGGAGGAGGGCAUUGGAUCCUUCAUCCACUGGGACGGUUGGGUCAGCCACACGCUGCCCGUGAAGGAGAUCAAGAAAGAGAUGGAGUUGAUCGGCGUGGACCCUGUGGAGGGGGACAAUGUUGUCGUCUGGGUUGGAUCGAACUUCAUCCCGGCAAGGCACAGGAUGACCGCCCUGCUGCAAGCCAUCAACAAGCUUCAUGAGAUGAAGGUCAAGCUGGUGUGGGACUCGCCGGCCUACCAAGACGUGGCCCUCAUGGCCGCCACGACGACCCACAACGAGGGACGCGACGAGCGCACUAAGAUUCCCAUCGCCUUCAACUCCAUCAGUCAGCGGAAGGCCACCGGGCAGAUCGGCUCCAAUGAAUAUGCAACAGAGAAAUCGCUCUACGAGCAGGGCAUCGAGGUCCCAACGACGAAGAGGUGGCAGAUCACCAACCGCUAUCGCGGGCUCCAGUGCGACGGCAUCCACACCGACAUGCGCGCCAGGGACCCCCUCUUCUACGACAUGCCGUGCCCCAUGGGCAAGCAGAAGUAUGGUCAGUCCACCUUCUGCACCUGGGUGGAGCCCUUCAAGAAGGAACUCAGCGGCCUCUGCCCCUGGGCCUACGGGCUGGACGACAUGGUGCUCCAGAGCGGGCUCUACUCCAUGUGCGCUGCGCACGAGAAGCCGUUCUGCUACUCCUACACCGAGCACAUCCGCUGAGAGCCCAGGUUGCGCGCGGCGAGGGUGCUGUAGUCUGGUGAGUGCUUGAAUUCUUUGGCGAACAUCUUACGUGCGAUCGUCCUGUGCAAGGUCCUCGCUCGCCUCGUUCUCUUCCUCGCAGGAGUCACUCCCAGAGAGUAAUCGUUACUCCAGGGUGCGCAUUGAUUCGCCGGGUCUCCUGUCCCUUGGCCGGAACACCAGCUGAAGUAUCGGGUGACACUUUUUUGAGGGAAUGAUGGACACGACAAUGUUGGCCCCAAGAGCACGAGAACCGCCCAAGCUGUGCUCUGGCUCCUUUCUCGUUCUGGUAUGGUGAUGCCCGUCCAUCCAGAAUCUGAACAUCUGUGGGGUGACCAGCCGACCUCGAUCAAGCGUGAGUGUGAGCUUCGUAUGUGCGCGAGCUUCUUGCGCUAUAUGAGGGACGCCAACAGGGUUUAGAACUUAUGUUCAUAUGCCUCAAGUCAUUGCCAGCCAGAGUAAGCAAGCUGAAAUUAUUUCGCAACUAUACGUUCCUUCCGCGUUCUAUCGACCAUGCCCAUACGUGCCCAUACAUACAGUGGGGUUCACCGCAAAACUGGAAUGACCAAGGUCUCACAGUUUUUCUUCCCACCCCAAUAGCUAUGUCCCAGAGCGGGCCGUUGUUAUGCCAAUGUUCGUAGCGCUGCCACGUUGCUGGGCGACCCCUCCCACGGGCACGUACCCCCUGU